AUGUCAUCAGUAAGAAAAAUUUGUUGUCUUGGUGCCGGUUAUGUUGGUGGACCUACCUGUGCAGUCAUCGCAUACAAAUGUCCAGAUAUCCAAGUGACUAUUGUUGAUUUGAAUCCUGCUCGUAUAGCAGCUUGGAACUCUGAUAAUUUACCAAUUUAUGAACCAGGUCUUGAUGACAUUGUAUUUGCAUGCCGUAAUAAAAAUUUAUUUUUUACAACUGAUGUGGAAAAAGCUGUCAUAGAAGCGGAUUUGAUUUUUGUUUCAGUAAAUACUCCGACAAAAAAAAGUGGCAUGGGCGCUGGUUAUGCUGCUGACCUUGCUUAUGUUGAAUCAGCUACAAGACAGAUUGCAGAUGUGGCAAGAAGUUCAAAAAUUGUAGUUGAAAAAUCAACUGUGCCAUGUCGUACAGCAGAGAGUAUGAGAACAAUUUUAGAAGCAAACUCCAGGGACGGUAUUCACUUUGACAUACUAUCAAAUCCUGAAUUUCUUGCUGAAGGCACUGCAGUUAAUGAUUUAUUAAAUCCUGAUCGUGUUUUAAUUGGUGGCUUACAAACGAUUGAAGGAAUGAAAGCUCAACAGGCUUUAGUAGAAGUAUAUGCUCAUUGGGUUCCUACUGAACGCAUCAUUACUACUAAUUUAUGGUCAUCUGAACUUUCAAAAUUGGCAACAAAUGCUUUGUUAGCUCAACGUAUAUCAUCAAUCAAUGCAUUGUCUGCAAUUUGUGAAGCAACAGGUGCUGAUAUUGAUGAGGUGGCGUAUGCUUGUGGAAAAGAUGCACGUAUUGGACCAAAAUUUUUAAAGGCAUCAGUUGGAUUUGGUGGAAGCUGUUUCCAGAAGGAUAUAUUGAAUCUGGUUUAUCUUUCUCAACAACUUAACCUUCCUGAAGUUGGAGCCUAUUGGAAAAGUGUUGUAGAUCUAAAUGAAUAUCAGAAAAACCGUUUUAUUUCACGUAUUAUCAAAACGUUGUUCAACACCAUCACCUACAAAAAAAUUGCAUUACUUGGUUUUGCAUUUAAAAAAGAUACCGGUGAUACCAGAGAAUCUGCCGCAAUCACUUUAUGUAAAGCUUUUAUUCAAGAAAAAGCUAAAGUUCAUAUUUAUGAUCCAAAAGUUAGCGAAGAACAAAUUCAUCUUGAUUUGACUGAACCUGGUGUUGUUGACAAUACUGACGAAGUAAAGAAAUCCAUCUCUAUUAGCAAAACAGCUUAUGAAGCAUCUGAAGAUGCUGAUGCCAUAGUUAUUACAACUGAAUGGGACGAAUUUAAGACAUUGGAUUAUGAAAGAAUUUAUUCAAAAAUGCAUAAACCAGCUUUUAUUUUUGACGGUCGUCUCAUUCUUGAUUCUGAGAAAUUACAAUCUAUUGGUUUUAAAGUAUUCACCAUUGGUAAAGCUAAUAAUAGUUAG